UCCAUUUACAUUCUGCAGGCAUAGUAAACAAGGACUGGGAUAACGGAAUUUUUAAGCCAAUCAAAAAUCCGGACAGUAGAUGUGUUAACCAAUCAAAAUAGAUCUAACUGCAUCCCCGCUGAACGCUCGACUUCACUGGGUGGACUGCACAUUUCUGUUGGAUAGAUUUGAAUCUGCAAUUCAUAGUGUUUUUGAGUCAACAAUCAAGAUAAAGAUGCAGUUCAUGCUGCUGUUCAGUCGGCAGGGUAAGCUGCGGCUGCAGAAGUGGUAUGUUCCCCUGUCAGACAAAGAGAGGAAGAAGAUCUCCAGGGACCUGGUCCAGACCAUUCUAGCCCGUAAGCCCAAGAUGUGUUCCUUCCUGGAGUGGAGGGACCUCAAGAUCGUCUACAAGAGAUACGCCAGCCUGUAUUUCUGCUGUGCGGUGGAAGAUCAAGACAAUGAGCUCAUCACGCUGGAGAUCAUCCACAGAUACGUAGAGCUGCUGGAUAAGUACUUUGGCAGUGUGUGUGAGCUGGACAUCAUCUUUAACUUUGAGAAGGCCUACUGUUCUCUCAUCCUGUUGGUGAUGAGUUCCUCUGUGGUCCUGUUGGAGGAGAGGGCUCAGGAGACUCUCCAAGAAGAACCAUAG